UGUCAGCGAGUGUAGAGGAGCAUUGAAGCUUUAAUAGGAUCUCAGACAGAUGUCGCCUUAGUUUCCUCACAGUGUUUAUGCUGCUGUUUACGUUUCUGUUACCAAGAGAGAAAUAAAGAGGACAAACACAGCAAAGCAAGAAUGAGGAGACUUCCUGUUCUGGUUCCUCUCAUCUGGGUCUGCUCAGUAUUUUAUGUAGGCAUCUUCUUGUUUGUGGGAGGAUUUUUACUGGUCAGACUGGAGGUCAACAGAACCAGCACCUGUGCGGACGUCUUAUCUCCAGGAGCCCAGGUGAAGGGAGAUUUCUGCCUGAGCGAGCCACGCUUUCGUAGAGCAGUGGUCUUGAUCAUCGACGCCCUCAAAGCUGAUUUCACCCGCUAUGAUCCCGAGAACACGGCACCCAGACCGUUUGAGAAUAAACUGCCCGUGUUAGAUGAAAUGGCAUCGUUGCACCCUACACAUGCGAGACUCUACACCUUUCGGGCCGAUCCCCCCACCACCACGAUGCAGAGGAUCAAAGGCUUUACUACAGGUUCGCUGCCCACGUUCAUCGACGUGGGGAACAACUUUGCCUCCAAUGCAAUCUUGGAGGAUAAUCUGGUGCACCAGUUGGGUCAAGUGGGCAAGCGAGUGGUCUUUAUGGGUGAUGAUACGUGGGUGAGUCUGUUCCCCAAGAAGUUUCACAGAUCUCUGCCUUUCCCCUCCUUCAACGUGAAAGACCUGCACACCGUGGACAACGGCAUUCUCCAAAACAUCUAUCCUACCAUGGAGGGGGAUGACUGGGAUGUGUUGAUCGCUCACUUCCUGGGUGUGGAUCACUGUGGGCACAGAUUUGGCCCUGAUCACCCUGCCAUGGCUGAGAAACUCUCCCAGAUGGAUGGAGUCAUCAGGUCAGUAAUAAAGCGUCUGAAGAAUGACACGCUGUUGGUGGUGAUGGGGGAUCAUGGAAUGACAGACACUGGGGAUCAUGGUGGAGAAAGUCAGAAGGAGACAGACGCUGCCCUGUUUCUCUACAGCUCCUCAUCACUGUUUCCAGCUCCAGGAUCGCAGGUAGAGCCCGAUGUCGUUCCCCAGACUGAUUUGGUACCCACAUUAGCAUUGCUAUUGGGAGUUCCCAUUCCUUUCAGCAGCGUGGGCCAAGUUCUCCUGCCACUGUUUCCUCAAAACGGCUCACAAAGUGCACCUACGAGUCUCAGCCAGGCGGAGGCACUGUGGAUUAACGUCAGACAGGUAAACCGCUUCCUGGAGACCUACUCUAACAUGGCCAAAGACAUCCCACCGGACAGUCUUUCUCGGCUGCGUGCUCACUUCUCAAACAUUUCCUCUCAGUACCUGGCCACUGUCCACGAAAGCCGUCUCCCCUCUCCUGAGCUUGUCGUCUCCAUGCAGAACUAUCUGACAGCUGUUCGAGAGACCUGCAGAGCAUCGUGGGCUCGUUUCAACCCAUUCAAAAUGGCUGCGGGACUCUUAAUCUUGGGUCUUGGCUGUAUGUUGUGCUACGUCAUUUCUGAGUUGUCCCAUUUGGUAAUUCAGGAGGGCCUGUUAAAGUUGCCCAUUUUAUCAGGAUUGGUGGUGGGACUAGCCGUAGGUACAGGCCAGCUGUUUAUGCAGGGCCAUUUAGAGCUUUCGUGGUGCCUAGGUGCUUCAACGCUUUCAUCAGAGGUUUUAUUUUUUUGGAGAACUCAUGGAGUUUCUCCCAAAGGAAGGUUGUCUCCCGCUAACCUUCUCACACCGGCCCUGCUUGUGCUUUUCUUGCGCUGCGCCUCGCUGCUAUCAGACAGUUACGUCAUCUAUGAAGGUCAUGUGGUGACCUUCUUGCUUUUAACGUUGAGCGUAUACGUUCCUCUCCGACUCAACUGGGAUGGACUCUUGGUGCCACUUCCUCCACCAGAUACCCAGAAACCCCCUCUGCUGCGCCAAGCAGCAUUACCGUCAUCGGUAGUGAAAAGGGAAGCCAACGUCUUGUUGGUUUGGUUGGGGGUGUUGGUAGGAUCACUCUACCUUUCCCUCUCUUUCCACAACUGUCGAGAAGAGCAGGGAAGCUGCCAGCCCUCCGCUUUUCUUUUCCCGUUGUCACGUGUACAGGACAGCCAACUUCGUAAUGUUUACUAUGUGCUUUCAGUGGCCUCAUUAGUCGCAUGUGCGUGCCUUCUUCAUCGUUGGCUUAGACACUACGGAAACCUUAACUCUUCCAGAGUGACUGUGAUUUCAGCCUGCUACAUCUUACCCUUGGCAUGUGUUGGCAUGGGGCUACAUUGGGCAGUAAGCGCCACACCUGAAGACACCUUCAGGAACCUAUCCGAACUGAUCGGCCUUGCCCAUGUGUUACUCCCACGUGCCAUCUUCUGCCUGCUGUGCCUGGGGUUGCUACUGUUGUGGGUCGACCCCAUGACCGUGUUCAUCAAGUCACGGACCCCAGUGAACUCUCGUGGGCCAUCGCUCCCACCCCCAAAAUACAGAGCCAGCACAGGCAUCAGCCCGCAGGCCGAACUGCACCACCUCAUACCGCAGCUGUACCAGCGUAUCCGACACUCGUUGGAAGAUGGAGCCGCGGAGGCCGGUGAAGCAGAUGACAGACCGUCUGUGGAAGCCUACGGGUUGGGGACGGUGUACUCCGCACCCCUGGUACUACUUUGCGGGCUUCUUGGACUGGUUUUGCUGCUGCUCCACGCCGAAGGAAUGGCCCUGGCGUUCCUGCUUCUACUUCUGGAAGCUGGAGCUGUGUUGCACAUCCACGCCUGUACCACCAACUUGUCCAGCCUGAACAAACUCUCGAAUGGCUUCAGUGUGCCGUGGGUUCCUGUGGUUGCGUGGUCUCUGGCAGCUGCCCAGUUUUUCCAUGCCACAGGACACCUCCCGACCUUCCCCUCCAUUCAGUGGGGUGCCGCGUUUGUGGGCUUUCCUCAAGGUCACACAGGCACCGUGCUUCCCGCCUCACUGGUGACCCUCAACACCUUUUCCUCUCACAUUAUUUUUGCAGUUGGCUGUCCUCUGCUGCUGUUUUGGCCUCUGGUGUGCGAGGUGCGUGGGACUCGAUCCGCGCGCUCAGCGGGAGUGGAGGAGAGCGAGGACGCUGUCAUGGAAAUGAGAUUGAGAGAAAACCCUCAGAAGUUCAGUUCGGCUCUCCUGCAGCUCACCGCACGCUACCUGUUUGUAAAUGGAGCGCAGGUGUUUGCGUCGGUGUGUGCUGCAGCCAUUCUUAGGAGACACCUCAUGGUCUGGAAAGUGUUUGCACCUAAAUUGAUGUUUGAGGCAUCUGGCUUUAUCGUGGGCAGUGUGUUUCUGAUGCUGGGAGUUGCCAUGGUGAUGAGGGUGGACAUAUCAGUGGGAGGCCUCUUUAAGAAACUCCUCCCUCAAAACUCAAGGUAGCACCUCGCCCUUGUUUGCCAGAUGGCCCAUCUUGCCGAAGAUG